AUGUCCUAUUUCCUCCCUCAUCUCCCCUCUGGCUGGCACGUCGACGAAGCUAUAAAAUCUGAAGAAGAUCGUAUCGUUGUCAUCAGAUUCGGCCAUGACUGGGAUAGUCAAUGUAUGACAAUGGACGAAACCCUCUACUCAGUUGCAGAAAAGGUCCAGAACUUCGCGGUUAUUUAUCUUUGCGACAUUACAGAGGUACCAGACUUUAACAAGAUGUACGAGUUAUACGACCCAUGCACAGUCAUGUUCUUCUAUCGGAAUAAGCACAUUAUGAUCGAUUUGGGCACUGGUAACAACAACAAGAUUAACUGGGCUAUGGAUAAUAAACAAGAAUUGAUUGACAUCAUUGAAACAGUUUAUCGAGGUGCCUCCAAAGGGCGUGGUCUUGUUGUUUCUCCCAAGGAUUAUUCCACACGUUACAGGUAUUAA